CCUCCCCCCCCCCUCCCCUCAGCUGCUCGAAUCGCGCUGCCGGGGCCGACUCUUCCAUUCCUCGUUGAUAUUCCCCUUCCAGAACAUUUUUGCCCAUUUGGUCUGAUCUAGUUGUCAUGUAUGAAUACUCCGUUGAUUCUGUUCGGGUCGACGUGGUCAAUGGGAAUCUUUAUAGAAUGGGUGAUUUCUCAAUUCAGAUCAGUUCAAGACUGAUCAGUCAGUUAUUGGAGGGCAACAGUCAACAGAAGAGGAAACAAAAGAAAGCCAAGCCCAAAGUCUCACCAAAACCAAAGUCAGAGAGCAAGAAAACGCUCCAUGAUUCAGAGGCCAAAUUGCCGGUGCAGCCACCGUUUUUCCUCCCGACACUGCAACAACCACCUCAAACCGCAGCAUAUGCAGAGCUCGAAGCGAUCAGAUCGGUCUUGAAAGAGAGCGAGAAGGUUCUAGAGAAGCUGGAGAAGCAGGAAAAGAACAUGGGUCAUGAAGUAACAGAGAGAGCCAUGGAUCUAAGGGACAAGGAGUUCAAGAUUCCGUCGCCGAAGCCAAUGCCUUGCUCUUUAGAGAACGACGUAUGGAUGAAAUGUUACAAGGAGAACGUCGAUGAUCCCCUGAAAUGCGGCGGAUUCGCUAGGAGUUUUGCAGAUUGUGCUCGCCGGGUCAGACAGCAAGCGAGUUCUGUUCACAAUUAGAUGAAAUCAAAAGGGUGAAGAAGAAAUAGUAUUUUUGCUGUGAGGUCUGAUGAGUGAAUGGUCAGAAGGACAAUUACAUCACGACCAUGAGAUUGCUGAUCAAAACUUCUAGUUCUGAAACCACGUUCAUUAUGAAUGAUAUGUUAUGUAGGGAUAGGAUGGUCGAUGCAGAUUGAGCGCAUCGAGUAAGAAUAAAGACAACAAAGGAGUCACGUGCAGUGGAUAGGGUCCAUGACUACAUUAAUCUUGUCGUCUUAUUAAACAUAACUAUAAAGUAAUUAACUGAUUGGUGAUC